UUGGCUCUAAUAAGUUAGGUCAAUUUAUGGCAUCUUAAAGGGUCUCUAAUUUCCACGUCUACAAUCUCUACAGUUCACUACUACUAAAACACCACCCACCACCAUCCGAAACGGAAGAAAAAAAACAGAGUUUUCCCUUUCAAAGUCUAAGGGGUGUUUGAAUUUUAAACGAAAUCCCACCUCUUGUUUCCAGCAAUCAUGAUAUCUGCAUGCAUUUAUUCAUAGUUGUUAGUUAGUUGACCCAAUUUUCUCUCCCUCCCUCUCUCGCUUCAAAACCUUAUUUUCUGUGCAUAGUUGGAGGUUAGAGAAGAGGACCAUCUGGUGGAGGAGAGGAGCUUUGGUUGCAGAGAUUUUUUAUUUUUUUCUAUUCUUUCUAUUCUUGGAGAUGGAGGUGGAGGCAAAUGGGUUGCAAGAUAGCUUGGAAAGCAAUGAAAUAGAGAAAAGAAAAGUGGGUCUCAUGAGAGCUCGUGUGGAAAGUGCAGAUCCCUCUUCCAAGGACUUGGACGAUUUUAUGAUCCGGCGAUUCCUGCGAGCUCGUGAUCUAGACAUUGAUAAGGCUUCUGCCUUAUUGCUGAAGUACCUGGGCUGGAGGCGGGCUUUUAUGCCUAAUGGUUACAUAUCUGCAUCAGAGAUUCCAAAUGAACUUGCUCAGAACAAGUUGUUUAUGCAAGGUCAAGACAAGAAGGGACGCCCCAUAACAGUCGUCUAUGGUGCCAGACAUAAACCCUACAAAGGGAACCUAGAGGAGUUCAAGCGUUUUGUUGUCUACAGUCUUGAAAAAAUCUGUGCCAGUAUGCCAGGAGGAGAGGAAAAGUUUAUCUCCAUUGCUGACAUUGAAGGAUGGGGAUACACUAACAGUGACAUUCGCGCAUACCUUGCAGCUCUAUCGAUCUUGCAGGAUUGUUACCCAGAGAGGCUGGGCAAGCUGUUUCUAGUCCAUGUACCUUAUGUAUUUAUGACUGCAUGGAAGGUUGUCUACCCAUUUAUUGACAGUAAAACCAAAAAGAAGAUAAUCUUUGUCGAGAACAAAAAUAUCAAGUCGACUCUGCUCGGUGAUAUUGAUGAGAACCAGCUCCCAGAUGUAUAUGGAGGCAAGCUGCCUUUAGUUCCUAUCCAAGAUAGCUAAUUAGCGAAUUCAACUACCCUGAGAUUUACCUUUCAUGUUCUAGAAGGUGUACGCUAAGCUUGAGAAUGAGAUUUACCUUUCAUGUUCUAUAAGGUGUACGCUAAGCUUGAGAAUUAUAUAUAACAAAGAUAAGGAAAAUUCGGGUUAAUGUAUCUGUAUUCUUUUGGUGGAUAAAGUGAACGAUAUAUGGUUAUGGCCC